AUGGACAGGUUUAGUCAGUUGACAGAUGACUUGCUCAUCAAGAUACUGUCCUUUCUCCCAACCAAAGAUGCCGUGGCUACGAGCACUUUGGCAAAACGGUGGCUGUCUCUUUGGACACUGGUGCCAAGACUUAACUUUGAAGAUCGCUGGGUGGAUAUUGAGGAGACCAAUGAGGUUCGCCUCAUAGUGUUGCCUGCACAUUUCGUCUCCGGGGCUUUGCUGUUAAAUAGGUCACCAGUUCUAGAACGUUUCCAUCUCAGCAGAGCUAUUGAAUGCAGCGCUUCCGAGAUUGAUCUAUGGGUUAGGAUUGCAGUGGACCGCUUUGUGCGUGAUCUGAAGAUAAGUUUCGUUGAUGAUUUUCACUGCCUUAUAAGACUGCCGAGUAGGUUGUUUAGAUGUGAAACACUUGAGACAUUGGAACUUCGAAAGGUGAGUUUUUUAGAUGUUCCUUCUCGGUUUAGCCUGAGAUCCCUCAGGACGCUGCGCCUUCUAUCUGUCAAGUAUGCAGACGAGGAAUCUUUCGUUAGGUUUAUAUCCAGUGCCCCUGUUCUUGAGAAUCUUGCUGUACAAGGUUGUAGCGAUGACAAUGUGCCGACCUUCACCAUUAAUGUGCCUUCCCUUCUGAGUUUAAGCGUUAGAAAUAUUUUACAAGACCCAGGGCCUUGCCAUCAUCUCUAUGUGAUACAUUCUCAUUCUUCUUUAAAGCAUUUGGAGAUUGUGAAUGAGUUUGGUGACGUUAAUGUGAUUGGUAAAAUGUCCAAGCUGGUGGAGGCAAGUCUUCCUACUUUGGAAGACCAAGUGACUGCUUUGGAGUCUCUUACUACCGUCAAACGUCUUUCUCUGACCUUGGAUGGAGUGGCUCCUCAAUACCCUAUUGGUAACGUUUUCUUUCAGCUUGUGCGUUUGGAGUUCCGAGGAUGCGAUGUGAAAUGGUCGGAUUUGCUUGUGCAUGUGCUCCAACAUUCCCCUGUACUACAAAUACUCAAGAUUAUUGUCUUGUACGAUGAGCGGAGCAACUUCAAUAGGAACGUGGAAGAUGACAAGGUUUGCUGGAUUCAGCCAAUCUGUGUUCCUGAAUGUUUGUUCUUCCAUCUCGAAACCUUUGAGUGGAGAGAAUAUGAAGGAGCAGAAACGCAGAAAGAGGUGGCGGUUUAUAUUUUGAAAAACGCGAGGCGAUUGGUGACUGCAACCGUGUUCCCUGACUCACUUAGGGGGGGCCAACGUCGGGUGUUUGAUGAACUGGAGUUUGCAACGAGGGGUUCAAGAGCUUGUGAGCUUACAUUGGGCUGA